AUGAAGACAACAACAAUUUUAUCUAAUUGGACCUUGUUUGUCACUACUAUCGCAGAAUCAAUACCUAAUGGCCCUCCAACAAGAGUAUCCCGCGACGUUGCUACUGUCAGUUCAGUGGCAGCUCAAGUAUCUUCAGCGAUAACAAAACUCGACUCGUCGGUGAAGUCCUUUCAAGGCGACGCGUCACAAGUCAAAUCAGAUGCAGCAGCCCUUGUGGAGACGUUGGGAUCCGGCGUCACCACUAUCGGUGCCUCUGCCGCCCUCACGCUCACCGACGCAAUCAGCCUGCAGUCCAUAAUCACAUCCCUACAAACAGCCGGACAGGGUCUUGUGGAUGAUCUAACCGCCAAGAAAACGCAAUUCGAACAGUCUGAUCUAUGUACUAUUGUCCAGUCGACGAUCAGCAGCAUCAGCACGUCUUCAAAAUCGCUCAUCGAUGCCGUGGUGGCGAAGGUACCUGAAGAGGCACAAACCCUUGCUGCCAGUCUCGCCAGUGGGCUACAGACUACACUGGAUAAGGGCGCUGCUGCUUUUUCACCAGACCAGUGCGGCAACUCUGGCGUCUCAACGGGCGGUGCUGCAUCAGCCACCGCCUCUUACAUAGCAUCGGCCACCAUUGAGGUCCCAGGCACUACUAAAGUUACGACUGCGACAGCAAUCGCGACGGAGUCGGAGGUUUUAUCUACGACUGGAGGAGGAGCGGGAGUAGGAGCGGUUACCGUUACUGUCACUGCCCCGUGCCAAUGCUCCGAAGGAACAGCACCACCAUCAACAAUUACGUCGACCAGAACGUCUUCUGUCAGGAUAUCCUCUACGUACCCGGUCAGCAGCCCGACAACUAUCAGGAGCAACUCGACCAUCAUCCCGACUGGAGGAUCUCCAACGACUACGAGCCCGCCUUUCGUCACUGCCGGUGCUGUGGCGAAUAUUGUCGCGCCAGCAGGAUUGGUUGCCGGGCGUUGUGGCAUUUCUCAGGGCAAGUAG